AUGGUGGUUUUUCGACGGCCCGUCGUUUGCCUGUCCACGCUGCUGUCAGUCGUCGGACAAAAUGCUGAACAGAACGCACUCUUACAAGGCGAUCGAUUCUGUGGCUAUCCCCUGAAGUCGUCCGAACGCCAUGUAUUUUUUUACACGUGCGAUUUACGACGGCUUGAACGGCACCUACAACAGCGCCGCAGAGGCACCGGCAAACAAACCGGGCCGAAAUGUGUGUCAUUCAUGAGACUCAUCGCGACCGGUCAGCGCCGAUGCCAACACAAACAACCUGCUGUUCAGAAGGUGUCUCGAACGGCCAAUGGACCAAGGGCAACGGUGGCAGCGUCAGCGGCCCGCCCGGGGCAAACAUUUGCUCAGCCUGAGCGGCUUGUGAGAAAAAUACCACCGUAA